GUGUACGUGGUGCACACCUGCUGGGUCAUGUACGGCAUCGUGUACACGCGGCCCUGCGCCGGCCCCGACAACUGCAUCCUGCCCUACCUGGCGCGCCGGCCCAAGCUGCAGCUGAGCGUCUACACCACCACACGCUCUAACCUGGGUGCUGAGAACAACAUCGACCUGGUCCUAAACGUGGAGGACUUCGACGUGGAGACCAAGUUUGAAAGGACAGUGAAUGUGUCCGUGCCGAAGAAGACGAGGAACAAUGGGACGCUGUACGCCUACAUCUUCCUCCAUCACGCGGGGGUUCUGCCCUGGCACGACGGGAAGCAGGUGCACCUGGUCAGUCCUCUGACCACCUACAUGGUGCCCAAACCAGAGGAGGUCAACCUGCUCACAGGGGAGUCGGCCGAGCAGCCGAUCGAGACAGAGAAGAAACCAGCGAGCGCCCUGGACGAGCCAGUGUCCCACUGGAGGCCACGCCUGACGCUGAACAUAAUGGUGGACGACUUCGUCUUCGAUGGGGCCGCCCUGCCGGCCGACGUGCAUCGGUACAUGAAGAUGGUCCAGCUGGGGAAGACGGUGCACUACCUCCCCAUCCUCUUCAUCGACCAGCUGAGCAGCCGCGCCAAGGACCUGAUGGUCAUCAACCGCUCCACCACCGAGCUUCCGCUCACUGUGUCCUACGACAAGAUCUCCCUGGGACGGCUGCGCUUCUGGAUCCACAUGCAGGACGCCGUGUACUCCCUGCAGCAGUUCGGCUUUUCCGAGAAAGACGCCGACGAGGUGAAAGGGAUCUUCGUGGACACCAACCUGUACUUCUUGGCGCUGACGUUCUUCGUCGCAGCAUUCCACCUCCUCUUCGAUUUCCUGGCGUUUAAAAAUGACAUCAGCUUUUGGAAGAGGAAGAAGAACAUGAGCGGGAUGUCCACCAGGGCAGCUGUGGAAAGUGAAGAAGGCGCUGAAGAUGACGGUCCUCUGGAGAGGCCUGAGACCUGUGUUCCAGUUUGGCACCUACAGUGAGUCCGAGAGGAAAACCGAGGAAUAUGACACCCAGGCCAUGACGUACCUGUCCUACCUGCUCUACCCUCUCUGCGUCGGGGGGGCCGUCUACUCGCUGCUGAACGUCAAGUACAAGAGCUGGUACUCGUGGCUGAUCAACAGCUUCGUCAAUGGGGUCUACGCCUUUGGCUUCCUCUUCAUGCUGCCCCAGCUCUUCGUGAACUACAAGAUGAAGUCAGUGGCGCACCUGCCCUGGAAAGCCUUCACCUACAAGGCGUUCAACACCUUCAUCGACGACGUCUUCGCCUUCGUCAUCACCAUGCCCACCUCGCACCGGCUGGCCUGCUUCCGCGACGACGUGGUCUCCCUGGUCUACUUGUACCAGCGAUGGCUUUAUCCUGUGGAUAAGAGCAGAGUGAACGAGUUCGGGGAGUCCUACGAGGAGAAGCCACGGCGGAAGCCCCACGCAGAGUGACGUGGCCGUGUAGGGCAACAGCCGAGUAUUUCGGAGGCCUCCGGCGGACUUCUGGACGCCACGUCUGCAUUGCCAAAUCCCCGAGGACACCGCUUUUCUGGCCCCCACUCCUGAGGUCGGCCGUCUUGCCACAGAGCCGCCAGGGAGGGGCUGCCCUCGCUCCACAGCCCCCGGCCCCAGCCCUGGCAGCCUCACCGGGUUGCCGUGGUCACUUCUGGCGAGUGGUCCCUGUGAGUUCAAGCGCACGUGGGGCUCUGUUCCCCGUGGACUCGGCUCAGGUGUCUCAUCUGUGUGUUUGAAAUUUGGCUGUUUUAAAGCUCCGCGUACGUGUUUUAUUUCAGAAUAAAUUUCCCUGCCUGUGAUGCUUUC